GAUAAUGAUGCAAUGUCUUACUCAAGUGAAGUUUCCUGAUUUGAAGUUUCACAACCAUGGUUGGUGAACCAACUGGAAGGAGGUUAUAACCAAAAUCUUCUGGGAGAUUGGAUCCAUAUUUAGCCUCGCUGGGGAUUUACAACUGCUAUUAAAGGGGAAAAUGAAAGACCGAUUAAGUGAACUGUUGGAUUUCUCCAAGAACCACUCUCAGGAGAAAAGUCCUGAUGAAGUGGACGAUAAUGUGGAGUUGGUGCAAGAGGCCAUUGUCUUUGAUGAGGACCACAUCAUGGAAGAAGUGUACAAAGAGGUGCAGGCAGUGCGCCGGGAGAACGAGAUGCUCAGAGUGGACAUCAAAAGGCUGGGUAAGCAGAACACCCGUUUCCUGACUUCUAUGCGGCGCAUUAGUAGUAUCAAGCGAGACUCCAGCGCCAUUGCCCGAGACAUCAAGACCAGGGGAGAAGGCAUCUACAAGAGGCUGCAGAAGAUGGAAGCCUUCAGUAAGGCUGUGGAGGACAAGUACGGCGUCAACUCUGCUCUGUCACGCAUAGUGCGGGCCCAGCACCUGUCCCUGAUGCAUGGCUUCCGUGAUGCUAUGUUUGAAUACAACGAGGCCGAGAUGCGCCAACGGGAGAACUGCAAGACCCGCAUCCAGAGGCAGCUGGAGAUCAUGGGCAAUGAUUUUUCGGGGGAACAAAUCGAGGACAUGAUCGAGAAUGGCAAGUGGGACGUCUUCUCUGAAAACCUGCUGACAGAUGGCAAGGCGGCCCGCUCAGCCCUUAACGAAAUUGAGAACCGGCACAAAGAGCUGCUGGAGCUGGAGAGCCGCAUCAGGGAUGUUCACGACUUGUUCCUGCAGAUGGCCUUGUUGGUGGAGGAGCAAGGGGGCAUGCUGGACAACAUUGAGACCAACGUAUUGGAAACCAAGAAUUACAUGGGAGAGGCCAGGAUUCAGAUCAAGAAAGCUGUGGAGUACAAGAGAAAUAACCCCUGCAGGAAACUCUUCUGCUGCUGUUUCCCUUGUUGCCAGUGAGUGAAUGUGCUGUGGGUUCUUUUUUUUUCUGUAUGAGGGAGCCCCCUUAUCCAGUGGUGACUUUUAUUAAACUGGUGAAUGACAAAUAAUCUGUAUUGCUCUGUAGUCCCUACACCCCAAAGACAGUUAAGCCUUGCAAAGUCCUACAAAAAGGGAAACCUGUGUCAAAAGUGUGUAAAUUGUUUGGUGGUUCUAUGCAGUGAUACUGACAAGUGAGCAACAGGACGUCUGUAAAUGUGUUAAUAAUAUGAAUACAUGUUGACAGACUGCAAACAACAUCUGAAUGAUAAUACAGUAAAGUGCAUUUAGUUGUUUUGGAUUUAUUUCUACACUAAAAGAUACAAAUGAACCUGUUAAAGCUCUUAUUUUGGCUGUAGUUACUGCAGGCUACUAGUACUACCCAUUUGUUGUGGUUUCUAACAACAGGAAUAGCAGCAAAUGUAGGUGCUCGGUGUUGUGACGUCCAGAUGGAUUUCUAACUACAGGAAGUCUCUACAUCAUGAAACACAUUUAAAAGUGUGCUGUUUUUUAUACUGUGUUUUCUUAAACCUUAAAGCUAAUUACUUUUCAGACUAAUAAAAUCAGCAUGAAGUUGGCAAGACAGUAAAAAGUAGUAGAUAUUUGAAGAUGCACUUACCUUUCAGAGAACAGUAAAAUAAGGAAAUCCAUAUCCAGGUGAAAGCAUGGCACAGUGAUAGAAAAAAAAGUUCAAAGGACACAUUUCUCUGUGACUGUUUCACUUGUUUAAUACAUUUUAAUAUUCAUUUUGUAAAUAUACAAUCACGUUAAAUAGAACAUUUACAAGGUUUUGUUAAUCCCAGACCCUGAAAAAAAAACAUGCACAUCUGAAUGUAAUUUAAUAAAAUGAGUUUCUAAUGUAUUUACCCAUUCAUUUUGUAUUUGUUAAAAUUAAGGGAAUUAUGAGUUAAUUCCCAGCUCCUCCCACAGAUACACCUUGAUGUGUAAUAUUGGACAAUAUUGAUUCUUCAAAUUAUGGUGAGCAAAUUAAACCUACACAUAGAAUUCAGACAGCAUCCAUGUGGAAUCAUUUUAACAAUAUGUUCCUGUCAUCUGAUGCAGUGUCAGAAGAGACUGCUGACAGCCAGUGUCUCUGAUAGACAGUAUGACAUUGUGCAUAUGAAGCACCUAUGCUGGUACGAUGGAUCAUGUUAGAGUGUCCCAUAAAACCUGAACGGUUGGGACUGUAGCUAUAAUCUAAGUAAUAUAUAUAUAUAUAUAUAUAUA